UGCCAGCACAAUUACCAUAAACAAUAAAUAAGUAAUAUCUGCCUCUUUUGUUCAGUCUUUUUUUAUUAAUAUAUAGGACUAUCUGCCUUCUUUGGACGUCUUUGCGAAUCCUGAGCGAAUUACUUACUUAAUUACCCGGCAUGUACCGACAAAUUUAAACCCAUAUAUAUUAAAACACGAUAAAAAACUGCGACAAACAUGUGGAUGCUCAUCGUCAACUUGAUUAUCGUGGCUUUCUUAUGGACUCCUGUUUUACCGGCGCCUUCUGAUCCCCCCUCUUCGCCAAGAUUAUGCUCCAUCCGUACGUGCAGUAAAAGGUCGCAGGCCGGUCCAGGUGCUCUGCCACCCAGUGAUCCCUCUCGAAUUCCCUUUACAUCCACUCGUGGUGUCCCUAAGGAGCACAUCAGCGCCUGGAGCGGCAUGACACUGAAGACACUGAGUACCGCCAUUAGAUGGUUAAACUCGUCCUAUGAAACAUGUGCAAAGAUUGUCGGACUGUCCGCCGACCAAGGGCCCGCAAUUGUCGUCGGCGGGAAUGCGGUGAGGUUUUACCAGGCGGAUCCUCUUAUUACCAUAAACUUCAACAUUAACGAAGUCACUUUUUAUCAACAUAAAUCCAGUUUUGCUACGACUGGCAAUAUUGGACGGAACAUUGAUAGACUAAUGCAAAACCUUUGCAGCGACGAUAAAGAUGGAUACGUAGCGGCAGUUGACUAUCUCGGGCAACUGCACCACAAAUUCGCCAUCGAUCCUACCAUUAAGCAAAAUAGUGACCUCGGGCUGUUUUUGAAAGAUGCGGAUGCGCACAUUCGCGCCAUCGCUGCUUGUAUUUCUCACCAUCAGUGGACUAACGACAUCUACGUGGCCAUUAUGCAGCCCCUUCGCUAUAUUCGGUGGUCAACAUGGCAUGCGGGUCAAGCAUACUCGUUGCAACGCAACUGCUUCCGACGUGCAGAUCCAGACGAUGGUGCUCGUGUAAAAAAUUAAUAUCGGAAUGCCACGAAUUUGUCACGUCAUUUGAAUUUCGUACAAUUCUUAUAGUGGUUUAAUAUGGGGAUAGUGGAUACCCAGACGGCAGCGUGUAGGCAUUCAGCUUUUAGUAUUUCUCUUUUCGCUCAAAAAUGUCAAAUAUGCUAUUAGGAAACCGAAAGUCCAGUUCAUUUUUGAUGGACAUCUUUCGUUUUAGAUGCACCUACUUUUUAAAAAGUAAGACAAAGAACGUUCGGUGGCAACGCUUGCAUGGUGACAGAGAACCGC